GGUCCCAUUCCAAAUGAAUUUGGGAAAGCGAUGAACUCUCUUGAAUAUCUUUUUCUCUCGAAUAACAAACUACAAGGCAAGAUUCCUUCUUUCUUUGGGAGCAUGUGCAGAUUACAGAGAUUAGACCUUUCAAAUAAUAAGUUGAAUGGCAAAUUCCCGAGCUUCAUUCGAAAUUCUUCAUGGUGCAGCAGACACAUAUUUCGGCAAUUGAGCUUAUCUUAUAACCAAAUUACUGGCAAGAUACCCAAGAGCAUCAAACUGCUAUCUGAAUUGGAGAUUUUAUCUUUGGAGGGGAAUUCUUUAGAGGGUGAUGUCAAUGAAACUCAUCUUUCUUCUUUUCCCAAAUUAUAUUACUUAUUCUUGUCACAUAACUCAUUGUCUCUAAAAUUUCUCUCUAAUUGGGUUCCUCCGUUUCAAUUAAUUUAUUUGGGUAUAGCAUCUUGCAAGCUAGGUCCGAGUUUUCCUAGUUGGCUUCAGACUCAAAAUUCCUUAAUCGAACUAGAUAUAUCUGAUAAUGGACUAAAUGAUUUUGUGCCAGAAUGGUUUUGGAACAAGUUGCAAAUUAUGUACGAGUUGAAUAUGUCUCAAAAUAAUCUCAUUGGUUCAGUUCCUGACAUGAAAUUGCAGCUUCCUUUAAGACCAUCUAUAAAUUUAAAUUCAAAUAAUUUUGAGGGAAAAGCGUCAUUGUUUAUGCUACAAGCUUCCGAGCUGUUACUCUCUGCAAAUAAGUUUUCAGAUUUCUCAUGUGGAAACAUCAAAGCUUCAAACUUGGCCACUUUAGAUUUAUCAGAUAAUCAAAUAAAGGGGCAACUUCCAGAUUGUUGGAAAUCUUUGGACCAAUUAUUGUUUCUUGAUUUAAGCAACAAUGAAUUGUCAGGAAGGAUUCCUAUCUCCAUGGGCUCCCUUGACAAAUUGGAAUCUUUAGUUUUACGAAAUAAUAGUUUAAUGGGCAGAUUUCCUUACUCGUUGAAGAAUUGCAACAAUUUAGUUAUGUUGGAUGUGAGUGAGAAUAUGUUGUCCGGACCAAUACCAUCAUGGAUUGGAGAAAGCAUGCAGCAAUUGAUAAUCUUGAUCAUGCGAGAGAAUCAGUUCUCUGGGAAUCUUCCCCUUCAUGUAUGUUAUUUGAAGCGUAUUCAAUUAUUGGAUCUUUCUAGGAAUAAGUUGUCAAAAGGAAUUCCAACUUGCUUAAAUAAUUUUACUAUAUUUUCUGAAAAGAGCAUCAACAGAACUGAAACAGAACGUCGUGUUCAUUGGUAUAAUGGUACUUACUACGAAAUUUAUAAUGUUUUUGGUGGUAGGUAUUAUACCUUUCAUAUAACGUCGAUGUGGAAAGGUGUGGAACGCAGCUUCACACAUCCUGAGUUGAUUCUUCAGAGCAUUGAUCUCUCAUGUAACAAUUUGACAGGUGAAAUGCCGAAGGAGAUUACCUACAUGAUUGGGUUAAUUUCUUUGAAUUUAUCAAGAAACAAUUUGAGUGGAGAAAUUCCUUCCGAAAUUGGAAAUUUAAGUUCACUUGAAUCCCUUGACUUGUCAAGAAACAAAUUCUACGGGGGAAUUCCUUCAUCCCUUUCUGAAAUGGAUUUUCUCCAAAAAUUAGACUUGUCACGCAAUUCUCUUUCUGGAAGAAUCCCAUUGGGAAGACACAUGGAUACAUUUGAUGCCUCUUGUUUUGAAGGAAAUGUUGAUCUUUGUGGAAAACCGCUUGAAGAAAGUUGUCCAGGAGAUGAAGCAGUGACAAAGUCUAAAGGAGUAGAAGUCGAUGAUGAAGAUGAUAAGUCAGUUUUCUAUGGAACACUAUACAUGAGCUUGGGGGUAGGAUUCUUCAUAGGCUUUUGGGGCUUAUUAGGUUCAUUACUACUUUGGCAUCCAUGGAGAAUUGCUUACCUGAGAUUCUUGAAUAGACUGAUAGACUAUUUACUUGAAAUGGUGGUAGUGAAUAUAGCAAAGUGUCAAAGGUGACUCAAAGACGAGUAACAGCACAAAAUUUGCAGUUUAUAGGGAUUUGUUUCAAGACUCUAUUAUGAGAUGAAAAGAAAACAUUACAGAUUGUUGGCAGUGUAAGAUUUGAAGGUUGAAGAUUCAUGAAGCUUAAUGAUUUGAUAGUGUGUAACUGGAUAAUCUAUUUUGUAAUUUUAAUUUUAAGUCAACAAUGUGAGAUUUCCGAAUAAUGUGAACCUUUUACAUUCCAUCUUGAAAAUUGAGGAUUGUUAAUGGUUUGCCACAUUUAGUUAUAGCCCAUGGAAAUUUGUAUAUGUAAGGAAA